CGUAAUCAGGGAUCGUGUUGGACAACCACUUUAAAGUUUAACCAUUUCCUUUCCCAGUCGUCGAAAGAACAUCAAACCUCCAAUCAAUUUCCAAACCCAAAAACCUAGAGAUCAGUUGAAUUGGUUAUGGAAUCCCUUAACUUUUUCAAAGGCUAUGGCAAAGUGAAUCCGCUUGAAGAUCAAAGCCCUCACCAGCAGGAAAGUACUGCAUCAAAACGCCGAAUCCUCAUCAUCAGCGUUUCAUCCAUCCUCUUUUUUACUCUAAUCCUCGGUCUAGCCCUUGCAGCAUUGAUCCAUGAGUCAAAUACCGAGCCAGACGAAUUCCCAUAUCUCUCUGCAUCAAACUCAGCUGAAUCAAUCAAAACAGUCUGCGACAUGACUCUGUAUCCAUCCUCCUGCUUCACCAGCAUAUCCUCUCUUAACAUUUCCACAAAACCUGACCCAGAAGCCAUCUUCAAGCUCUCUCUCAAAGUCUCCAUUACAGAGCUCAAAUGCCUCUCUUCUUUAUUCACUAGUUCACAUGAUGUUAACUCUCAGGCUGCUAUGAGAGAUUGCGUGAGCCUGUUUGAUAAUUCCUUGGGUAAGCUCAACGAUUCUUUGUUGGCAAUGGAGGUUGGACCUGGAGAGAAGAUGUUGACUUUGGAAAAGGUGAACGACAUCCAGACAUGGAUCAGUGCUGUCAUGACAGAUCAAGAAACUUGCAUAGACGGUUUGGAGGAGAUGGAAUCGGUGUUACCUGAUGAGAUCAAGGCCAAGGUGGAGAGGUCUAAGGAUUUCUUGAGCAUUAGCUUGGCUAUCAUUGCUAAGAUGGGAGCCCUUCUUAAAAAAUUUGAUCUCGAAAUGCAUUGACUUUUUUUUUCUGUGUGGUAAUUAAAUUUCGCAUUGAAAUCAUGUAAUUGAAAGAUGAUAUAUAUGCAAAUAAUAGCUUGGCUAUCAUUGCUAAGAUGGAAGCCCUUCUUUAAAAA